CACACGUUCCGGGCGGCGCGGAGGAGGAUGCGCCAGUGCCGCUCCAUAGGGACUCGGCGCCGUGAAGGGUCACGGAUUCCCUCAAACCCCGCCGCGCUGCCGAGCCCUCCGCCCGCGGCUCCUCCCGCAGGGGCUGCGCCGCCGCCCCGGGGCCGUCCCGGCGGAGAGACCGGGCCGCCUCCGCUCCGCAGGGAGCAGCGGAGGGAGCAGCGCCGUGCCCCGGCUGCGGCAGCGGGAAGGGGCCGGGGAAGCCAUCCCCGGGGACACGGGAACGCGAGCAGCAUUGAUGAUUGGACUAAAACCCAGUGGCAAGAGAUUAAUGUGGAACAGAUGGAUGAGCAGCUCAGAGGGUUUGCCAAGGAGGCUUUUAGUUGCAGAAGACCUUCUCAGACCUUCUGGGAGUCCAGUUUCAUAAGGGUAGAAGAUGAAGUCCAAAGCGUAGUUGUCAAUGCUGUGCAAGAGUUGAGUAGUGAAAAGCAGUUGGUGACUGACAUAACAGAUAAAGAAAAUGUGAUGGAAGCUAUAAGAAAGCCAAAGGUGUAUGAAAGCUUUGAAGCUCUGCAGCAGAGAGUUACCACUGUCAUGGAAGAGGAUAGAGGCAUGGCAUCUGUCAACUUCAACUGGCGUGAUCAGUGACCUGUUUCCGUCUCUGGAUGUUCUGAGGAUGAGGAACCUACACUUUGAGCAGAUGGUUAAACAAUCUACCCUGGAGCUGUACUUGCAGCCAGAAGAGAACUUUAUUCUCAAAGUAAAUUAAUUCAUUGUCUUUAAUUACUUCCCUUAAGAUUUUUGAUCAAGAUAAUUGCCAAUGGGUUGGUUGUAUUAGACACAAAGAUUAUUUUUGAGUCUGUUAAAGCACUGAUAAAGUGUCUCUCAAUGACUCAGUAUUUCAAAAGCAUUUCAUCACAGCAGUAAUAUUCUUCAGUGUAAUAAAUAUGUUCAUAGGGAAAUGUGUGUCCUGUUUGGAAAAGCUGUGUACAGUGACAAUCUAGAGUGACAAAAAUGUUUGUUUGUGCACAGUAAGAAGAAUUUGUAUUUGGUAGCAAAUUCAUUGUUGGUCAGAUAUUUAUAGUGAGGUAAGAAGAGUAAGGGAACAAAAACAUCUAAAUAAGAAGGUGUGGAUUUGGAAUGUGCAUGGCUACGUGUGACUUUUGUGUGCUCUGGCUUUUAUGUGUGGUAUAGUGCACGUUGUGCUAUACACAUUAAAUGCAUGCAGGUACAUGUAUGCAUGCAUGUAUAUUCACAAGAAUUAGUUGCCCAUAAGCUGAAUCUAAGCAGUAAUUUAUUUUAAUUACAGAGAGGGUGAAAAUGUAAAAUAUAGAAAAACUGGUUAGUAUACAGACCAAAUAAGGUAUGUCUCAGGGUAUUAUGAACUUUACAAUCAGCCUUCUACAGAGUAUUUUGUUUCCUGCUAACUGGGUAAAUCAGAAGACAAGAACUGAGGAUCAUUAACUUUUUCCUGUUAGGCUUAGGCAAAUCAGAGUGAAUACUCUUCACUAAAACAGAAAUCUACAAGCAGCCAAGCUAUUUCUAUUCUGUGACUCAUACAACUAUUUCUUUGGAAGCAAUGUAUUACUUUAGGAGACUGACUGUAUUUUUCUGAAUUACAACUGUACAACUGAUUGCAGAAUCCACUCUACUAAUGCAGUGGCAAAAUUGUGAUGACUGUUCUGUAUCCUUGGAUUUUCACAGUCCUGCUGGACUGUGUGGUCAUCUGGCAGAAUAGGAUUUGUUCUCACUUGCUGAGGUAACUGCUUUAAUUCCUUUGCACUAACUCUCUUAACAUUUUCUGAGAGACUGUGCUGCUUGAUGCAGCAUUAGCUUUGCUGAGGCAAAUCCGCCAAGAAAUUGCAAGCUUAUUUUUUCUUAUUAAAAGGAAUAAGAAUGAGGAGGGAGAAAAAAAGUCUUGUAAAUAAUUGUGUCUCUGUGAUAAGAACUACAAUAGGAGAGGAGAGGUGCUCACUGUGGGUCGUGUCUGUGUGGUAAGAUGCUCAGCUGGAGGAGCAGCCAGCAGUGUGUCGCUCUGUGUUUGUCGGUGGAAUUGCAGGGAACGGAGAGGGUAAGGGACCUUCCUUGCAAUGCAGCAUGUUUUCCAUCUCACCUUGUAAAGAAACUGCCACAGCUCUUGCAUAAAAUAUUCUUCAUGCUGCCUUUGCCUGAGGCUGCAGGGUAAUAACACACUGCUGAGGCGACUCGGUCAGCCACAUGAUGAGCAAUAGAAAGCUCAAAUGUUGCAAGCAAAUUCUACAUUUUAUGUGUCUUUUCCAUGUCCCAAAGGACAGUUAAUCAUGACAUGGAGUAAUGAACAUUCAAUUUGACAGAUAGACUAAGUAAAACUUUGUUCUGGAAGGAGAAGCAGGAUGUUUUAAUUAGACUUCUAGACAGACAUCAUGAAAUUUCCUGACAACAUACUAGACAAAUAAUUCUAAUACAUAAUGCUUGCCAAUUUAUGCUACUAAAUGUUGGCAGCUGCACAGAUUUUCUUCUCCGUCACUAACAUUCAGCCUGCUCCUUCCCUUCAGGUUCUGAAAGUCCUUCAUCACAUGUAUGUGAACACAAAAUAAAUGCCCAUUAAUUAAUGCAGAAGUUCCAACAGAUGAUGAACUGUGUGGUUUUAUACACCAGGAAAUCUUAGUGUGGAAAGAUGGCAAGAAACACAUGUUUUUGCUAGGGUGUCAUUCUCCAUCCAAAAUAGACAAUACCAGAAUUAAGACAACAUGUAAAUGAUAGAAUUCUUCCAUUUUUCUGAGGUUUUGGUGCAACGAGACAUGGCUGCACAGCACUGGAGGUUCUGGAAAGGCUGGAGGGCACGGCAGGAUGCUGGUAGACAGGAAGUAUUAGCCUGCACAAUUCUGAUCCAGUUGUCUUGAAGGGCCUGUUAUUUUCUUCCCAGACCCACAGUAUCUCCCAUAUCAUGAAGACUAAAGGCCAGUUCUCCUGUAAUCAAAACAGAAAUAGGUCAUUGUUGCAUAAAAUGCAGCAUUUUGCUGUAUUGAAUGUUCACUGAAUUUUUUGUUAUUUUAAAUAACCACCUAAUAAACACACAAAGGAGGAAAACAUGGGUUUGAUGUUACAAAGCUUCUUGUUUCAGUGAAGUGUCAUCUUCUGAAGUUUUAAUUGCAGUAAAAUGUUGUUUAAGCACUUAAGUGAUAAGUGAUAAGAUUAUAUUGAAAUAUAAUUUGCAGUUCUCCUGUUGUCUCCUCUGAGAAGACAAGCCAAUGUUACCCAUGAGGGGCCAAAAAGGUUUGUUUUAAAUAGGGAUAUAGAUCCUGUGUAGACUGAGUCCCUAACACUGUUAUGGAUGCUAACAAGGUGAGCCAUUGAGACACAGUUACAGUGGCUUUCCCUUUACCUGUUUUCCCAUUUUCUUCUUCCUCUAUUUUUCUGAAGACAGCUUUGCAGAGUUGCAUUCCUUUUUCUUUUAUUCUUAUAAUUUCUUUGGUUUUCACUAUUGCUAAGUAAUAUUUAAAAUCUAAUUAACACUUUGUCUUGACUGUUUGGCACAGAAAAGAGCCUUAAAUUAGCCUAUGGAUACUGUAAUGAUGAUUGUGCCCCUAGAUGUGAGCUGAUGUAACUCAAGAUAUCAAUGAUGAGAUUAUUGAAACUGGUAUUUGGAAAGUCUCUCAGUAAAAUAGACUUAAAAUUCCAUUAUUGAAGUCCUUGCAUCGCUGUACUUUUGUGAUGCCUUAAGUUUUAGCUUUUAUAUUUUUCAGAUUCUGUGCUGCUUUUGUGUGUGGUUCUGAGCUUCACAUUGAGGGAUGGUAAGCUCUCUUCAUAGAGUAGCUAGACAAAACAAUUCCAUUCCUAGCUUGGGACCAAGGACAACCAAUUUUGGGCCCAAGAGCAUAAACAAUAGUGGAAUGAAGAGAGAAAAGCAAGGAUGGAACUUCAUAACCUAAAGUUAUAAUUGGACAAUUAAAUCCAAUAUGCUAAUGGACCAUAACGUAUAGAAGUGUGACACUUUGUGACUAGUCAUCCAUUUUGUGACCAUUUUGGGUCCAUCUUGGGUGUAGUCCUGGCUGGGUUCUUGAACUGCCCAAGGUGUGUCCAUUAAGGCCUUUUAAUAAAUACCUACUUUAUUCUUUAACUCUGUCUAGCUUCUGUUCUAGGUCCGCCUUCACAAGGCAUUGAUGGAAGGUUAAUGUCAGAAAUCUAAAUCAGUCAGUCUAAGCACAGUAGGAUACAGACUUCUUUCCUUCUUAUUGAUUAUACAGCUAAGCCAAUUUUGUGGGCUCUCUGAAAUGCUGUAAUGUAAUGAAAUCCAAAUCUAAGAUCUAAAUGUAAUCAUUGGAAAGUGAUUGGAGUUUUAUGCUUUCCUGUCUUAGAAACUUCAACCGUAGUAAUCCUCUGGUUACUCAGCAAGGGGCCUGGUGGGGUGAGCCAUAUAAUCUAACUUUAUCUGAGAAACAGGAAGUGGCUUUUUCAAGAAACAUUUUGGAGCACCUAAAUUUAGACUCCUGCUCUGAAUCAUCUUCUGAUUAUUUCCAUUGACCUUGAGAGAGAUUUUCCCCUCCUCUGCUUUUGUCUGCUUUCAGGAGAACUAACAUCAGCAAAGCACACUAGCCACCUUUUAAAUCAGUUAAACUCUAACAAACUCAUACUAGAUCAAGUAAAACCAUUUGAAUUUGUCACCCUCUGUGAUUCUGGUACAAAAUCUGUAAGGCAUGUUCAGAGUUUGUUUAUUUUGUUUAAGGAAUAGUGUAUGCAUUGUGUUGCAGAUAAUCCUCUUUGGGGCUGUAAUAAACAUGAUUGCCUUGA